AUUUUGACUUUUUUUAUUGAAUACUUGGACACAUUUGAAAGCGUCCGGUUUUGGUUAUUAUGGAAAUCGUAGUAGAUGUUUUACUUUCUGGCAAGAAUUUCGCAAAUGUUAUGCUAUGGCCGAUAGACCCGAACAAUGCACUUUACAAAUGGACGACUAUUUUGAAUGUCUACAUCAUACAAAAGAGAAAGCACGUGCUAAAGCUAUUAAAGAUCAAGAAUUAAAGUUAAAUGAAGAAAAGAAAAAACAAGACGAAUUAUCUCGUAAAUUAACUGAUUCCGCUAAUAAAAGUAAUGUAACAAGAUUAG